AACCAUUGCGGUAGAGUGUUGCUGAACAAUCCUAUACCACUGGUGGUAAAUGGAACUCCAACAUUGGAAGGGCAGUGGCCAUGGCAGAUAGCUGUCUACCAAACUCAGACGGUGGACAACAAGUACAUUUGCGGUGGUACUCUGAUAUCACACAAGCAUAUCAUCACGGCAGCGCAUUGUGUCACCCGCAAAGGGUCUCGGCGGGUUGUGAAUAAGAAUACGCUCACUGUAUAUUUGGGUAAACACAAUUUGAGGACUUCAGUGGACGGAGUACAGAUCAAAUUCGUGGAGAAGAUUAUAUUACACCCGAUGUACAACGCGUCGACGUUUACCAGCGACCUGGCCAUCCUGGAGCUACGCGAGUCUGUCACGUAUUCGAACUGGGUACAGCCCGCGUGUCUCUGGCCCGACAAUGCGAUCAACCUCAGCAACGUCAUCGGAAAAAAGGGAUCGGUUGUAGGCUGGGGCUUUGACGAGACAGGCGUGGCUACCGAAGAGCUAAGCUUGGUCGAGAUGCCUGUAGUAGACACUGAGACUUGCAUCAGGUCCUACAGCGAAUUCUUCAUCAGAUUCACUUCGGAAUACACCUACUGCGCUGGUUAUAGAGAUGGUACCUCCGUCUGCAACGGCGACAGUGGUGGUGGUAUGGUGUUCAAGAUUGGCGACUACUGGUACCUCAGAGGGCUGGUCUCCCUCUCAGUUGCUAGGCAGAAUGAAUUCCGCUGCGACCCCUCCCACUACGUAGUGUUUACGGACUUAGCGAAAUUCUUACCCUGGAUCAAGCAGUCCAUUUAUGACUAUUAACUGUACCGGUUUUCGAUAGAUUUUGUAAGUUAUUGCGAAUAGUUUGGUUUAAGAUGAGCUAUGUAGAUAUUUUCGAAACGGCCAUGGAUGUUUGAUUCAAUGGCCACUAUGGUUCAUUUUCAAUCAUUUUGUCCAGCAAUACAAUGUACUAAGUAAUAUGUUUAAAGUCGAUUUCUUAUUAGAUGAAUCACGUGAUAAAUUCAAGUAAAACAUUUACCGAUUUUAAAAUUGUAUCGAUUGCACGAUAAAUCGAUCUCUAUUCGAUAUUACUAAAUAAUUGGGAUGUGGCCAAAAGUAUAAGUUAGUAGACAUCACAAAACUUUUUCUCUCAUUCUAUCAGCUUUGUUAUUAUUUUUGAUAACUAACGUCAGCUAUUUUAUCAUGAUCCAACAAUCCAGGCCUUGUAUCUGACGCUAAACUAUUACUAAACAUAUUACAAUAUUAAAAAUAUAAGUAAGUACUUAUAUAAAUAUUCAAUACUGUUUUGUAUGUAAUGUUCGGGAGCAAUUGGGUUGUGUUUCCUGUUUGUGGUGUGAACAAUAAUAAUAAAUAUGUUACCUACGCACGUUGUUGUAAAACUAUUAUCGAUUAAUUUGGUUAAAUUAUAACAAAAUACCAAAACAAAAAAUAAUAUCCAAUAAUGUUUUUUCCCUGGUUGUAUGAUAUUUCUACUGUGAUUAUGUUAAUAAAAUUCUGGGUGAAGCAAUAAAUUUAAUAAUUGCCUUAAAAUGGUUUCCGUUUUAUCUAUCUGUGGUAUAAUUUCAAGUUUCUGACUGCAUGCUAAGAAACUUAUGGUUUUAAUUUUUAAGAUUGAAUACGAAGUUUUAUUAUUUUGAGUUGUAUAGCUGUACAUGAUACUUAAUAAGUGGAAAUAAAUAAAACUAUUAAGAUGUUAUUUCUCAAUAUUAAGCUCUCUAAAAUAUGUAUUACAUACGUUAUAAUAUAGACUGAAAAAAAUAUGCUCAAAAACAUUUUUAGAAAAUAAAUUCUUAUAUACCUUA